AUGGAUGCCCUAUCGAUAGUGUCAGAACUCUCAACCUCGAGAGUGAUGAGACUGAUCUUCGCUGGCAAGCAGCUUGAAGAUGGGAGAACCCUUGCUGACUACAACAUCCAGAAGGAAUCUACACUUCAUCUUGUUUUACGUCUACGUGGUGGUAUGCAUAUCUUUGUUAAAACUUUAACUGGCAAGACAAUCACUCUCGAGGUUGAAAGCUCCGACACUAUUGACAAUGUGAAAGCAAAAAUCCAAGACAAGGAGGGAAUUCCUCCAGACCAACAACGUUUGAUUUUUGCUGGGAAACAACUUGAAGAUGGCAAGACUUUGGCUGAUUACAACAUUCAGAAGGAAUCCACCUUGCACUUGGUUCUUCGACUAAGAGGUGGAAUGCAGAUCUUUGUGAAAACUUUAACUGGCAAGACAAUCACUCUCGAGGUUGAAAGCUCGGACACCAUCGACAAUGUGAAAGCAAAAAUCCAAGACAAGGAGGGA